AUGUCUGGGCGUGGUAAGGGUGGUAAGGGCCUGGGCAAAGGGGGUGCUAAGCGUCACCGCAAGGUGUUGCGGGACAACAUCCAGGGCAUUACAAAACCCGCUAUCCGGCGUCUUGCUCGUCGCGGCGGAGUAAAACGUAUUUCUGGUCUUAUCUACGAAGAGACUCGCGGGGUGUUGAAGGUGUUUUUGGAGAACGUAAUCCGCGAUGCUGUCACUUACACGGAGCAUGCUAAGCGCAAGACUGUUACAGCUAUGGAUGUGGUAUAUGCGCUGAAGCGUCAGGGACGACAGACUCCAACUGCCCUGGGUGUCCGGACAGGACGUCUUUUGCUUUCUUUUAUCCCCGCCAUGGCUCGCACCAAGCAGACAGCCCGCAAGUCCACCGGUGGCAAAGCGCCUCGUAAGCAGCUCGCUACCAAGGCGGCGCGCAAGAGUGCCCCGGCUACUGGCGGCGUGAAGAAGCCCCACCGCUACCGGCCCGGAACCGUGGCUCUGCGCGAGAUCCGCCGCUACCAGAAGUCAACCGAGCUGCUGAUCCGAAAGCUGCCUUUCCAGCGCCUGGUACGGGAGAUCGCGCAGGACUUCAAGACCGACCUGCGCUUCCAGAGCUCGGCGGUGAUGGCGUUACAGGAGGCUUGUGAGGCCUACCUGGUGGGCCUGUUCGAGGACACCAACCUGUGCGCCAUCCACGCCAAGAGAGUGACCAUCAUGCCCAAAGACAUCCAGCUCGCGCGCCGCAUCCGCGGAGAGAGGGCAUUAGCUGUAGCUAUGUCUGGUCGUGGCAAAGGUGGUAAGGGUUUGGGUAAAGGAGGCGCAAAGCGCCACCGGAAAGUGCUUCGAGAUAACAUCCAGGGCAUUACCAAGCCUGCUAUUCGACGCCUGGCAAGGCGUGGCGGUGUCAAGCGCAUCUCUGGUUUGAUCUACGAGGAGACGCGUGGGGUCCUUAAAGUUUUCCUGGAGAACGUGAUUCGGGACGCCGUCACUUACACCGAACACGCCAAGCGUAAGACAGUCACGGCCAUGGAUGUGGUCUAUGCUCUCAAGCGCCAAGGGCGCACUCUCUAUGGUUUCGGUGGCUGA